UCUGCCCCGGCCCCAGGCGCACGCUGGCCGACAUCAUCAUGGAGAAGAUCACGGAGAAGCAGACGGAGGUGGAGACGGUGCUGUCGGAGAUAUCGGGCUGUCCCAUGCCCCAGCUCGACCCCCGCGUCCUGGAGGUCUACAGGGGUGUCAGAGAGGUGCUGUCCAAAUACAGGAGUGGGAAACUCCCCAAGGCGUUUAAAAUCAUUCCUGCCUUGUCCAACUGGGAGCAGAUCCUCUACAUCACAGAGCCAGAGGCGUGGACAGCAGCUGCCAUGUAUCAAGCCACCAGGAUAUUUUCAUCCAACCUGAAAGAGAGGAUGGCCCAGCGGUUCUACAACCUGGUGCUGCUGCCGCGGGUCAGGGAUGACAUCGCCGAGUACAAGCGCCUCAAUUUUCACCUCUACAUGGCUUUGAAGAAGGCUCUGUUCAAACCAGCAGCCUGGUUCAAAGGGAUCCUCAUCCCCCUGUGCGAGUCGGGGACCUGCACGCUGCGGGAGGCCGUCAUCAUCGGCAGCAUCCUCACCAAGUGCUCCAUCCCCGUCCUGCACUCCAGGUAAUGCCCUGGGGGGCUGCGGGGCGCGGGGA